AUGAAGAGCAAAAAAACGACAGCGAAACAGACUAAAAAAUCCAAGUCAAAAACAUCUGCUGCUAUUGCUUCUUCUUCAAAAUCAACAACAAAUACAACUAAUAUUUCAAAAUCACAAGAGGGAGAAAGAGGAGGAGGAAGAAAUGCAAAAACUAAAGUCACAACAAAAGCGGCAACAUAUGAUACGAUAGUUCCUAUUCCUAUUGAUACUCCCAUAGUAUCAAAUAACAAUAAAGUAAAAUUACACGCUAAUCUUGACGAACAUGAAUUCUAUCGCCACGUUGACCCUCAAUUACCUGGUCCCAUAAAAAUGAAAAAUUUAAUUGUGUGGUGUGGACAACGUGCUAUCGAGAAACAGAAGUCACAAGAGAAUUCGAGUGAAAAGCACAUUCUUAGCAUUGCAAAAGUAGUUCAGGAAGAGAUUCUUUCUAAAUUGAUGAACGGUAAUAUCAAUAUCUCGUGGUAUCAUAGAAAGGAUAAAUAUGCAAAAGAACCACCAAAGCAACAACAUCCACGGAAUAUCCAAAAUGAAAAUAGACUAAAAGAUUACGAAGAGACAAUAGCAAAUCUAAGAGCCGAGGAUCAACUAUGGACGAAGUUAGCACACACAGUGAAUUCGUUACAUGCAUCUGUGGUUGAUACCUGUGCGGCAACUCCGUCCGGAGAAUCAUUACACGCAAUGGUACUCGACAAUGCGGAUACGCUAAUAUCGUCAUCAUUGUCUGAGGGAGAAAAAAAAUAUCUUGAUCAUCUUGGUUCUGAAGAUUAUAUAGAUUUAACUAAAGAUGAGGAUAAUGAGCGUCCAAUUAUGGAUAAAUUUUGUAGUGAAUUUAGAAUCCAGAUUGAUGAAUUUUACCAAUUGCUUUAUAAAGCUCAUGUAUUUGAUGAUGCAACGCAGGAUUAUUGUGAGGAUGUACUGGUGAGGUUACGUAAUACACUGAAAAAACGGGAUGAAGGUGGACGUAUUAAAGGCAUUAGCUAA